ACCAAACCAAAACACCUUGGUUCCCAAGUUUCCCAACCCAUCUUCUUACAUCUCAAUAUUCUCUCUCUCUCUCUCUCUCUGUCUCUCUCUUCCUAUAAAACACAAAGCACCCAAAAUCAUAUCCAUUUCAUUUUCACCUUCAAAAGCAAAGACAAAGAUGAGGAGAGAGGGUCGCCAACACGGCAUGGUUCGAAACUACCCGAUCUUGGAACCGCCGUUCAACCCAAGACCCGAAUCCAGAUACCUUAACCGGUUCGACUCGCCCCCGACGGCCGGGAUCUUCACCAAGGUCUCAUCAAAGCCCACCAACCACUCCAAGUUCACGGGCAUUUGCGGCCGGCCCAAGUGCGCCGGGUGCCAUGCCCACCCGGUAUCCAAGUCCAGGCCCAAGGCCAAGGGGACCCAGAAGCUGCGGUCGUGCGACGUCGUUUCGAAUCACAGGCUGGUGAGUUGGCGGGUCGUGGAUUCUAACCCCGGGUUGAAGUUUUCCGGGUUUUCGGCUGACGGGAUUUUGGAUCAAUUGGAUAGGGACAAUAUGGGUGAUUUUGAUGAUGAUGAUGAUGAUGAUUUUGUGGGUGAGGUUUAUGAGGAUUCAUGUGAGUUGGAUCAUCGUAAAAAAAUAGGAGAAUCGACUCUGGCCCCUCGGGAAUCGCAUGAUUCGGUGGAAUUGGAGAAUGCAUCAGGAGCCGUUGAUAUUAAGGAUUGCGAUGAGGAAAAGAAAGAUGAUGAUGAAAAUGAGAACGUGAGCAUUGAUGAUUUGGAAAUUGUGUUGGCAGAGGAAGAAGAAGAUGAAGAUUGGUGUUUGGUUGCAGAAAUGUAAAUUGUUUCUGUACAGCCUAUGGUCAAUGAUUCCUUAUUUGUAUUUUCGCAGUAUUUCUCUAUUUUCUUUUUCUUUUUUACUACUAUUUUCUGUUUGUUAUUUUAUGGAUUUCAUGAUCUGAAAUGUGGAUGGAUAUCAUCCACUUCGCCAAUAUUUGACAAAUUAUAAAAAGAGAAUAAUAACCUCUCUCUCUC